ACAUCAUCUACACAAGAACCAAAAUGCUCGCUGCGACUCUCUGUCUAUAUUCUUCUGACCCCUUGCAGUUGCAAUUCUCAUUCAUUUAUCCAACAGGACUACCAUUUGCAAUCUCUAAUGGGACUACGAGAUAUUCCCGCCUUUUUUGGUUUAAAUAGCCAUCAUUACCCUGCAACUUCAAACCCUGUUCGUGAAAACCUUGUCAACAGGAAUGGACCUAACACCAUCCACAAAAACGGCUUCAAUUUUUCUGUUUUUACUUUCUUGGGUAGGCUCAUGUCCAGAAAGAAACCCGAUGGUAGUACAAGGACUGAGGAGGAAGAUAAAGUAUACAAUUGGUUAUAUGCCUUGGCCCGGACGGAGAAGAGCUUAGCUUUUGAGUAUGUUCAGGCCACGGAAAGAGGGUUGAGCUUCAAGGAAGCUGAUAGGAGACUGAAGGAAAGUGGUCCAAAUGUUCCUCUUGAUUAUACUUUCCCAAGAUGGUGGCAGCUUCUGUGGAAUGCCUUUUUUCAUCCUUUUAAUAUAAUUCUGAUUGUUUUGUCAGUCCUGUCAUUCAUAUCAAGUGAUUACCCCAAUGGGUGCAUUAUGCUCAUAUUGGUUUUCAUCAGCGUAUCACUACGAUUUUUCCAGGAAUUCAGUAGUUCAAAAGCAGCCAUGAAGCUUUCGGAGUUCUUAAAAUUCCCGGUAAAAGUUCAAAGAUGUGCAGGUCGAGUUAUUCAGACUGAAUUAAUAGUUCAAAUAGACCAAAGAGAUAUUGUUCCUGGUGACAUUGUCAGCAUCGGACCGGGUGAUCUCUUCCCUGGUGAUGUGAGGCUUCUAACUUCAAAAGACUUGGUUGUAAGCCAGUCUUCAUUAACAGGCGAGUCUGGGACAAUGGAGAAAAUAGCAGACAUUAAAGAAGAUGAGGCGACUCCUUUGCUAGAGCUGAGGAAUAUUUGCUUCAUGGGAACAAGUGUAGUAUCAGGCUCCGGGACAGCUCUAGUUGUUUCUACUGGAUCAAAGACGUACAUAAGCACCAUAUUUUCAACAAUAGGGAAACAGAAACCCCCAGAUGCCUUUGAGAGAGGAGUUCGGCAGAUAUCUUAUGCCCUUGUUGGUGUUAUGCUAGUCAUAGUGACUAUUAUAGUCCUCUCAAGUUAUUAUGCAUCUCAUGACUUGAGCCAGAGUAUGUUAUUCGGGAUCUCAGUUGCUUCGGCUCUUACUCCACAGAUGCUUCCCCUUAUUGUAAACACAAAUCUUGCGAAAGGAGCACUUGCAAUGGCUAGAGACAGAUGCAUUGUCAAAAGUCUGGCUGCCAUACAGAACAUGGGAGUAAUGGAUAUCUUAUGCAUGGACAAGACGGGGACCCUAACUAUGGAUCGUGCAAUCAUGGUUCAUCAUUUUGACAGCUGGAGCCUACCUAAAGAGAAGGUCCUGCGCUUUGCAUUUCUUAAUUCUUAUUUCAAGACUGAACUAAAGAAUCCCGUUGAUGAUGCAAUCCUGGCAUAUGUCUAUACUAGUGGAUACAGGUUUGAUCCAUCCAAAUGGAGAAAGAUAGAUGAGAUUACUUUUGAUUUUAUAAGGAGAAGAGUAUCUGUUAUCAUAGAAACAGAUUUGAACACAAACAAUGGAAAUAAUCGUAUCACUGAUAGGUUCAUGAUAACUAAAGGAGCACUUGAAGAAGUGGUAAAAGUAUGUUGUUUCGUUGAGCAUAUUGAUAGAGGUGUAACAUUACCCCUCUCCCUAGAAGACUACGAGAGAAUUAUACAGCUCGGGGAACAGCUAAGCAAUGAUGGAUUACGGGUACUAGGAGUUGCAACUAAAAAGAUAAAAGGGGAACAUAACGGUGUGGAUACAACCAACGAUGAGAAAGUUGAAUCAAACAUGGUCUUCCUCGGGCUUAUAACCUUCUUUGACCCUCCAAAGGAAUCUGCAAAGCAAGCUCUUUGGAGGCUGGCUGAGAAGGGAGUAAAGGCAAAGGUGUUGACUGGUGACUCACUCUCCCUGGCAAUCAAGGUCUGCAAGGAGGUGGGUAUCAGGACCUCCCAUGUGAUCACUGGACCAGAUCUAGAGCUCCUUGAUCAUGCUACCUUCCAUGAGACAGUUAAGAGAGUAACGGUGCUGGCCCGCCUCACCCCAUCUCAGAAGCUCCGUGUAGUCCAGUCCUUGCAAACAUCAGGGAACCACAUUGUUGGGUUCUUGGGGGAUGGGAUAAAUGACUCCCUUGCCUUGGAUGCUGCUAAUGUCGGGAUAUCAGUUGAUUCAGGGGCAAGUGUGGCAAAGGACAUUGCUGACAUCAUCCUACUAGAGAAAGACCUCAAUGUUCUUGCUGCAGGUGUUGAGCGGGGACGCUUCACUUAUGGGAACACCAUUAAGUACAUAAAGAUGUCCGUGAUUGCCAACAUAGGCAGUGUCUUGUCACUCCUCAUUGCUACGCUGUUCCUCCCAUUCGAGCCAUUGACCCCCAGACAGCUCCUUACACAGAACUUCAUGUACAGUGUAGGUCAGAUAGCAAUUCCUUGGGACAAGAUGGAGGAAGACUAUGUGAAGAUCCCACAAAAAUGGUCCCUCAAAGGCUUACUCUGGUUCCUGUUGUGGAAUGCACCUGUGUGCUCCAUAUGUGAUAUAUCCACCCUUGCAUUCCUCUGUUUCUACUAUGGGACCUACAGUCCAUUAGAAACCAACUUCUUCCAUUCAGCUUGGUUUACUGAGGGCCUCCUCAUGCAGACCCUCAUCAUCCAUUUGGUUCGAACUGAAAAAAUUCCAUUCAUCCAGGAAGUGGCAUCAUGGCCACUGAUCUGCUCUACUGUCGUGAUUUCUGGAAUUGGGAUUGCAAUUCCUUUCACACCAAUCGGGAAAGUCAUGGGACUAGGGAAACUGCCAUUGUCCUAUUUUGGCUUCCUGGUGGUGCUUUUUCUUGGGUAUUUCUCCGUAGGCCAGAUGGUUAAGAGAAUAUACAUUCUGAUCUAUAAACAGUGGCUCUAGUAAAUGGAGAACAAAUUUGUGAGAAAAUCUGUUGCACAUCAUUGUGAAAUUUAAAAAAAAAAACU